AUGGUGGGUUUUAGUGGGUGUGGUGGGGUUUGGGGUGUGGUAGUGUUGGGGGUGUUGGGGUGGGGGGGUUGGGAUGGUGAGGGGUUGGUUUUGGUGGGGGUUUGGUGGGAGGUGGGUUUUGGUAGAGGGGGAUGGGUGUGUAUUUUGGGGGGGGGGGGAUUGUAUGGGUUUGGGGGGGGUUGGGGUGUGGACUUUGUGAUGGGUGGGUGGGUAUGGGGGGGUUUGAGGGUGGUUUGGGGUGAGGAAUUUGUGGUGUUGGUUUUUUUGGUGGUUUUGGUGGGAAGGGGUGUGUUUUGGGGGGAUGGGGUGUUUAUGGUGGGGAUUGGGUAUUUUUUUUAUGUUAUUGGGGGAUGGGGGAGAAAAUGGGUUGUUUUUUUGGGGGUUGGUUUGGGGGGGUUUGUUGGGUUUGGGGGGGGUUGUAUUUGGUGGGUUUGUUUUUUUGGGUUUUUUUGGGUGGUGUGGUGGUUGGGGGGGGGGGUUGGUUGGGUUGGUUGUUGUUUUUGUGUGGUUUUGGGGGGAUUUUGUGGUUGGGUUUUUGGGGGGGUUGUUUUUGGGUGGGUUGGGGUGGUUGGGGGGAUUAUGUUUUUGUUUGGUGAUGGGGGUUUUGGGGUUGGGGGGGGGUUUGGGUUUGUGUGUUUUUGGGGGUUUGGUUUUUGUUGGGGGGGGUGGGGGGUGUGGGGGGUGGGUGUGGGGGGUGGGGUGUGGGGGGGGGGGUGUUGGGGUUUUGGUUGUUGGGGGUUAGGUUUUGGUGGGGUAUUUGUAGUUUGGGGGGGGGGGGGGGGGGUGGGGGGGGGGGGGGUGGGGGGUGGGGUUGUGUUGUGUUUGUGUUGGGGGUUGUUUUUUUGGGGGUUGGGUUGGGGGGUUUUGGGGGGGUUGUUGGGGGGUUGUUGGUGGGGGGGUUUUUGUUGUAGGGGGGGGUUGUUUUGGUUUGGUGGUUUUUUGGGUGGGGUUUGGGGUUGUGGGUUGGUAGUGGGUGGUGGUAGUGGGGGGUUUGUGUUGUGGGUGGGGUGGGGUUGUGUGUGUGUGUUUGUUGGGUUGGGGUUGUGGGUGUUUUGUUUGUGGUGGGGGGAUUGGAUUGGGUGUGGGGGGUGUUAUUUGGGGUGGGUGGGUUUUAUUUUGGGGUGGUGGUUGGGGUUUGGGGUGGGUGGGGUGGGGGUGGUGGGGGGGGGGAUGUGUUUGUGUUUGGUUUUGGGUGGAUUGGGUUUUUUGUGGGGGGUGUUGUGUGUUUUGGUGUUUGUGUUGGGGGGGGGGGGGUUUUUUUGUUUUAUUGUGUUGGGGUGGUUGUGUGUGGGUUUAUUGGGUGUUGGUGGGGGGGGUUUUGUUGAGUUUUUGGUUGGUGUGGGGGUGUUGGGUGGGGGGGGUUUGGUUUUUUGGGGGUUUUUUAUAGUGGGGGGGGUGGUGGGGGGUGUGGUUGUUUGGUUUGGUUGUUGUUUGGGGGGUUUUGUGGGGGGGGUUGGUGUUUGGGUGGGGGGGGGUUUUGGUGUUUGGUGUGAGUGUUGGUUGGGGGUGGUGGGGGGUGGGGUUGUGGGGGUUGGAUGUUGUGUUUGUGGUGUUGUGGGUUUGUGGGGGUGGGAUUGUUUGUUGGGUGUGGGGGGGUUUGUUGGUGUUGUUGGGGGAUUUUGGGGGGUGUUGUUUGUUUGGUUUUUUGUUGUUUUGUUGGGGGUAGUGGGGUGUGGGGGUGGGGGUUUUGUGGUGUUUGGGGGGAUGUGGGGGGGGGGUGUGGUGUGGUGGUUGUGGGUUUUGGGUUUUUUGGGUUAUUUUGGGGUUUUGUGUUUUUGUGUGUUGGUGUGUUGGGAGUGGUAUAGGAUGUGGGUGGGGUGUGGGUGGUUGGGUUUGGGUUUUGUGGGGGGGUGGGGGGGAGUGUUUGAGUGUGAGUGUGUUAGGAUGGGGGUAGGGUGGGGGGGGUGGUUUGGUUUGUUGGUUUUGGUGGGGGUUGGUUUGUUUUUUUUGGGGGGGGAGUGGUGUGGUUGGGGGUUUUUGGGGUGGGUUGGUUUUGGGGUGUGUUUGGGUGGUUUGGGGUGGGGUUUUGGGUGGUGGUGGGGUUGGUUGGGGGGGGUUUUUUUGGGGUGUGGGGGGUUGGGGUUGAUUGAUUUUUUGGGGUUGGGUGUUGGGGGUGUUUUUUGUUGUGUUUUUUAUGGGUUUUGUUGGGGGGGUUGGGGGGGUGGGGGGGGGGGGUGGUGGUUUUGUUGGUUGUGGGUUGGGUGGGGGGGGGGGGGUUGGGGUGUUGGGUUGUGGGUUUGGGGGGUGUUUUUUUUGUUUUGGGGGUUGGGUGUGUUUAUUUUUUUAGGUUUUUGUGUGGUUGUUGGGGUUGGUGUUUUUGGGGGGGGGGUGGUGUUGGGGUAUGGGUGUUAUUUUAUAGAGGUGGGUGGUUGUUGGGGUUUGUGGUUGGGGGAUUUUUUUUGGGGGGGGGGGGUUGUGUUUUUGGUUUUUUGUUGUGUUUUUUGUAUGGUGUUGGUGUGUUGUUUUUGUGUGUUGUGGGUGGUGUGUUUGUUAGUUGUGGUUGUGGGGUGUGAUGGAUGUGGAGUUGUGUGGGUUAAUUUGGGGGGGGGGGGGGGGGGGGUUGUGGGGGUGGGGGGUGUUUGUGGUGUUUUGUGGGGGGUGUGUGGGUGUGUGUGUGUGUUUGGGGGGGGGUGGGUGGUGUGGUGGGGGGUUGGGGGGGGGGGGGGUGGGGUGUGGGGGUUGGUGUUUGGGGGGGGGGUGUUUGGGUGGGGUGGGUUUGGUUGGUGUGUUGUUUGGGGGGGGGGGGGGGGUGUGGGGGUGGGUUGUGGGGGGGGGGGGUGUUGGUUUGGGGUGGUGUGGGGUGUUGGGGGGGGGGGGGGGGGGGGGGGGGGUGGGGGUGUGUUGGGGGGGUGGGGGUGGGGUUGGGGGGGGGGUUUGGGGGUUGGUGUGUGGGGGGGGUUGGGGGGGGUUGGGGGGGUGUGGGGGGGGGGUGGGGUUGGGGGUGGGUGGGGGGGGGGGUGGGGGGGGGGGGGGGGGGGGGGGUUGGGGGGGUGGGUGGGUGUGGGUGGGGGGGGUUGGGGGGGGGGGUGUUGGGGGGGGGGGGUGGGGUGGGGGGGGUGGGGUGGGGGGUUGGGGGUGGGGGUGGGGGGGGUGGGGUGGUUGGGGGGGGGGGUUGGGGGGGGGUGGGGGGGGUGGGGGGUGGGGGGGUUGGGGUUUGUGGGGGGGGUUGGGGGGUGGGGGGGGUGUGGGGGGGGGGGGGGGUGGUGGGGGGGGGGGGGGUUGGGGUGUGUGGGGGGGGUGUGGGGGGGGGUGUGGGGUUGGGGGGGGGUGGGGGGGUGGGGGGGGGUGGGGGGGGUGGGUGUUUGGGGGGGGGGGGUGGGGGGGGGGGGUGGGGUGGGUGUGGGUGUGGGGGGUGGGGGUGGGGGGGUGGGGUGUGGGGUGUGGGUGGGGGGGGGGGGGGGGGGGUGGUGGGGUUGGGGGGGUUUUGUGGUGGUGUUGGGGGGGGGGGUGGGUGGUGGGGUGGGGGGGUUGGGGGGGGGGGGGGGUGGGGGGGGGUGGUGUGGUGGGGGGGGGGUGGGGGGGGGGGGGGGGGGGGGGUGGGGUGUGGGUUGUGGUGGGGGGGUUGUGUGGGGGGGUGGGGGGGGGGGGGGGGGUUUGGGUGGGGGGGGGGGGGGUGGUGUGGGGGGGGGGGGGGGUGGGGGUGGGGGGUGUUGGGGUGGUUGGGGGGGGGGGGUGUGUGGGGUGGUGGUGGGUGGGGGGGGGGGGGGUUGGGGGGGGGGGGGGGGGGGGGGGGGGGUUGGUGGGUGGGGUGGGUGGGGGGGGUGGUGUGUGGGGUUGUGGUGGGUGUGGGGGUGGUGGGGGGGGGGGGGGGGGUGGGGGGUGUGGGGGUGUGGUGGGGGGGUUGGGGGGGUGGGGGGGGGGUGGGGGUUGGGGGGGGGGUGGGGGGGUUGUGGGGGUGGGGGGGGGGGGUGUGGGGUGGGUGUGGGGGUGGGGGGGGGUGUGUGGUGGUUGGGGUGUUGUGGGGGUUGGGGUGGGGGGUGUUGGGUUGGGGGUGGGUGGGGUGGGGGGGGUGGGGGGGGGGGGUGGGGGGGGUGGGGGGGGGGGUGGGGGGGGGGGGGGGGGGUUGGGGGGGGUGUUGGGGGGGGGGGUGUGGUGUGGGGGGGGGGGGUUUUUGGUGGGUGGGGGGGGGGGGGGGGGGUGGGGGUGGUGUUGUGGGGGGGGGGUGGGGUUUGGGGGGGGGGGGGGGUGGGGGGGGUGGGUUUGGGUGGGGGGGGGGGGGGGGGGGGGGUUUGGGGUUGUUUGUGGGUGGGGUGGGGUGGGGUUUUUGUGGGGGGGGUGGGGGUUGGGGGGGGGGGGUGGGGUGUGGGGGGGGGGGGGGGGGUGGGGUUGGUGGGUGUUGGGGGGUUGUUUGGGUGGGUUGUGGGGUUGGGGGGGGGGGUGGGGGGUUGGGGGGGGGUUGGGGGUUGUGGGGUUGGGUGGUGGGGGGUUUGGGGUGGUUGGGGGUGGGUUGGUGGGGUGUUUUUUUUGGUGUUUUUUUGUUUUGUUUUUGGGUUGUGUGGUAGUUGGGGGGGGGGGGGGGGGGGGGGGGGGGGGGGGGGGGGGGGGGGGGGGGGGGGGAGGUUAGGGUUUGUUUGUUUUGGGGGGGGUUUUGUUGGAUGGGUAUGUUUGGGGGGGGGUUGUUGGGAUGUGUGGUUGUAG